AGGGGGGCCCGCCUAGGAGGGAUCCGACUUCAGGGGAGGCGUUCCCGGCAAGGCUGAAACGCGUGCAGUGAACGGUUUCUCCUGCUCCGAAUCCCGAGAGCCGUGGAAAGUUUUGAAGGCGCAGGCCUGGCCCGGCAGCCCCGUCCUUUUCCCCAGGCCAGGAAGCAGAGGAAAGACCAGACUUUUGACAGACCAAUUUUGAAUUAGAAGACAAAACUUUGGUGCAGCUUUUUUGGACAACUGGAUACCUGUGAAUGUCACCUCAAAAUGACUGGAUGUGGGAUGUGGACUUCACACUUCAGGACCCGCUCACCAUCUCUGUGUCCCAGACGUGGGAUGUGGACUUCACACUUCAGGACCUGCUCACCAUCUCUGUGAUGCACUAACCACACAGCACAAGUUUGGGGGAAUCUGGUAGCUUCUUCCUGUUGAGUCAACAUUCUCAAGAUUUUAGCUCAUCUUCCUCUAAAUACUUUAAGAGAUGCAAUGGCUCAUCUUGAUUCUGAGGUGACAGAAGAAUGUCUGAGAGAAGACCUAAAGUUUUACUUCAUGAACCCUUGUGAAAAAUUCCGAGCCAGACAACAGAUUCCGUGGAAAAUGGGUUUGCAGAUUUUGAAGAUAGUCAUGGUCACCACACAGCUUGUUCGUUUUGGUUUAAGUAACCAGCUGGUGGUUGCUUUCAAAGAAGAAAACACUGUUGCUUUUAAGCACUUGUUUUUGAAAGGAUAUUCCGGUGUAGAUGAAGAUGAAUACAGUUGCAGUGUAUAUACUCAAGAGGACACCUAUGAGAGCAUCUUUUUUGCUAUUAGUCAGUUUCAUCGGCUAAGGAAUUUAUCUCUGGGGACCCUUGGUUAUGGAAAAAAUGAAGACAACAGAAUUGGAUUAAAAGUCUGUAAGCAGCAUUACAAGAAAGGGACCAUGUUUCCUUCUAAUGAGACGCUAAAUAUUGACAGCGACAUAGAAAUAGACUGCAUUCACCUAGACCUCCAGACCCUCUCCAAGAACCCUCAGGACUGGAAGAACUCAUCAUUCUUCAGACUGGCAUUUUAUCGCCUCUUGCAAGUUGAAAUCUCCUUUCAUCUCAAAGGCAUUGACCUGCAGACGAUUCAUUCCCGAGAGCUACCAGACUGUUACAUCUUUCAGAAUACGAUUAUCUUUGACAAUAAAGCUCACAGUGGCAAAAUCAAAAUCUACUUUGACAGUGACGCUAACAUCGAGGAAUGUAAAGACUUGAACAUCUCCGGAUCUAUUCAGAAAAAUACUCAGUAUGUCCUGGUGUUCGAUGCAUUUGUCAUCGUGAUUUGCUUGGCAUCUCUUAUUCUGUGCACAAGAUCCAUUGUUCUGGGUCUAAGGUUACGAAAGAGAUUCUUAAAUUUCUUCCUGGAGAAGUACAAGCGAUGUGUGUGUAACGCCGACCAAUGGGAGUUCAUCAACAGAUGGUAUAUCCUGGUGAUUGUCAGCGACCUAAUGUCGAUAAUCGGAUCCAUAUUAAAAAUGGAAAUUAAAGCCAAGAAUCUCACAAAUUACGAUCUGUGCAGCAUUUUGCUUGGAACAUCUACGCUCUUUGUCUGGGUUGGCGUCAUCAGAUACUUGGGUUACUUCCAAGCAUAUAAUGUGCUCAUUUUAACAAUGCAAGCCUCACUGCCAAAAGUUCUUCGCUUCUGCGCAUGUGCCGGUAUGAUCUAUCUGGGUUACACCUUCUGCGGCUGGAUUGUCUUAGGACCAUAUCAUGACAAGUUUGAAAAUCUGAACACAGUUGCUGAGUGUUUGUUUUCUCUGGUCAACGGUGAUGACAUGUAUGCGACCUUUGCUCACAUCCAGCAGAAGAGCCUCUUGGUGUGGCUGUUCAGUCGCCUGUAUUUAUAUUCCUUCAUCAGUCUUUUCAUAUAUAUGAUUCUCAGCCUUUUCAUUGCAAUUAUUACAGAUUCUUAUGACACCAUUAAGAAAUACCAACAGAAUGGGUUUCCUGCCACGGAUCUUCAGGAAUUCCUGAAGGAGUGUGGUAGCAAAGAGAAGUGUCAGAAAGAGUCAUCAGCCUUCCUGUCCUGCAUCUGCUGUCUGAGGAGGAAUGGAAGCGAUGACCACUUGAUGCUUAUUAACUAAAAUCCUCCUGCUGAAGAUAAUCGGGUUUCAGGUCUCUGUAUCAAGUGACAAUGAAGAGGGCCCCCAAAUGGCUUGGACCAGCACUUCCAAAAAUACUGAUUGUGGAGUGGGAAAGAGGACUGGCUCUGAGCUGUCUGAAUAGAACUGAAGUUUCAAAAUUCCUUUUUAUAAACUUGGAUGAUGAAGACUAGACCACAGUCAAUUCCUGGGCAUUGGUGUAAUAGAGCAGUGCUGGUGAAAUUCUGUAUUAGUCUUUUAAUUUAUGACAUCACAAUGUUGGGAUGGAAAAAAAUCACAUUUCAGAGUGUGCAAAACAAUGGUGUUUAAAGCCAUGCAUUUGAAGAUAUGAGUUUAUCAUCAAAUACGGGUUUGUCUUAAAAGUGAUUCUUGGGUUAGAAGACAUUUGUUAAUUCAUGGUCUGCACAAAACUGAAAUUGGUUGCAAUAACAAUUUAGGCACUCAAAGCUGGAGAACUGUUAAGCUUUGUAAAGAUUACACUUAAAUCAACAAAAAGACCUCUUGCAGUGGACAUUUCUUGGCUUAUUUUCCUGUGGUCCUCUUCUCAGCAUGAUAUGAAACUGUCGGCAAAGUCAGUGGGAUAAACUGGAAACAGUCAUUUGGACACCUUGUUACUACUUGUGCUAAUUGUCGAUUGUACACACAUGACAUGUGGACAUUAUACUACAGCAGUGGUCACUCAUUUUAACAACCAAACUCCACCGUGGUGGGGAUUUACCCUUGUCAAGCAAGGAAGAUGGUAUUUUUUCCCAAAUAAAUUAAAUUAACUUUUAUCAUAACA